AUGGGCUACCUCGAGAAGGCUGAGCCCGGAGCCCUAGAUGAGGCCGUGUCUACUGCCUAUGAGCAGAUCCCCGAGUUCAUGGACAAGUUGAAGAUCCAUGAUUCUCGCUCCUUCCUCGUCUUUGCCAAUGAUCUCCUCAAGUGGACUCCCACUGAGAACUUCGAGGGCAAGGAUAUCUACAACAUCCUGUGCAUGUUCUACUUUAUCAUGGACCAACCUCCGAUGAAGGGCCUCCAGACUGAGAUCAACCCUAAUGAGGUUGGUCAGCCACUUACUUGGCUAUCGUCUUGGAUAGUCGUCUAUGCUCAGCUCAUCGGCCUCUUCAUGGAUACACCGGCAUCCAUCACGCCUGAGUCCCUUCAAACCUUCAAGGACUCACCAAAGUACAACUACGAUGAGGCCCUUGUUCCUCCUGGUGGCUUCCGAACUUUCAACGAGUUCUUCUACCGGAGGCUCAAGCCCGGCUCUCGGCCUAUUGCCGACCAAAACAACGACAAGGUCAUUGUUUACCCGGCUGAUUGUACCUACGACAACUCGGUGCCCAACCAGAGCAUUGUCAACAUUCAGUCCGAUGGCCUCAUCUACAUCAAGAACCUUCCCUGGACCAUCAGCUCGCUGCUGCAGGGCAGCCAGUAUGCAGAGAGCUUCCAUGGCGGUGUCUGGAUGCAUGCCUUCUUGAACACUUUCAACUACCACCGACAGCACGCACCUGUAUCUGGAAAGGUUCUUGAGGUCAAGAACAUCCAGGGUGCUUGCUACCUUGAGGUCAACUCCAAGUGUGAGCCGAUCCGUGUCAUGUGCGGACCGGAUGCUCCAGAUACCCCUGGCUACCAGGUAAUUCUAUCAAAAUAUUUCCUCCAAACACGAGGCCUCUGCGUAAUUGACAACCCCGUCCUCGGCAAGGUUGCUGUCCUGCCCAUCGGUAUGGCCCAGGUUUCUUCAGUCAAGAUGACUGUCAAGGAGGGAGACAAGCUGCAGAAGGGUGAUGAGAUCUCGUACUUUGCCUUUGGAGGAAGUGAUAUCAUCUGUGUUUUCCAGCCCCAGGCUGGUCUAUCGCCCGACGACUUUGUUGCGUCUACUGGCAACACGUACUCCAAGAUGGGUACUGUCCUGGCUCGGGCUCCUUGA